UGUAGUCUUGCUGGAAUUACUAUUGUUAUUGUUGCUAAGAACUGUUUCUGGUGCUCUGUGCUGAGAAGUUGUUAACUGUCCAUUUUGCAAAGUGCAAAUGUAUCGAGGGGGGCACAAAGCAGCAGUCUUCAAGCACUGGGUCAAGUUCACAUUUCUUUUGGCAUUACUAGUGUCUUCAACAUUUACCUGGACCUACAGAGAAGAUCAGAUUGAAACAAAAGAGAACAGGCAUGUUUGUUCAGAAAACAAAGUAGCGACCUCUGAAUAUCCCUGUAUGAAACCGAAUGGGCAGCUGACCACUUGUUUUAGGAAAACAUGCUGCAAGGGUUACAAGUUUGUACUUGGGCAAUGCAUCCCGGAAGACUAUGAUGUCUGUGCUGGAGCUCCUUGUGAGCAGCAGUGUACCGAUAACUUUGGACGCGUUCUCUGUACUUGUUACACAGGAUAUCGUUAUGACCGUGAGCGACACAGGAAUGGAGAGAAGCCAUACUGCAUGGAUAUCGAUGAAUGUGCCAACAGCACUGCAAAUCCCUGCUCACAGGCCUGCAUCAACACUCCUGGCAGCUACAGAUGUCAGUGUCAUGAUGGGUACAUCCUAGAGAAGGAUGGUAAAACUUGCACUAAAGGAGAACAAGGUCACUAUAGGAAAUCAGAAAAUGUGAUGAAAGCUGGAACUUGUUCAGCCACCUGCGAAGACUUUCAUCAAAUAAAGCAAACAGUUUUACAGCUAAAACAAAAGGUUACACUACUUACAAACAAUGCAGUUGACACUGAUAAACAAAUAACUAAUGAAAAAAUGCUUUUAUCAAAUAAUUACAUCCCUGGGCCACCAGGGCCCUCAGGACCCCCUGGACCACAGGGACCUCCAGGUGUCCCUGGACCAAAAGGAAGUAUUAAAAAUCCUGGGCCACCUGGUCCUCCAGGACCACCUGGACCAAGGGGACUGAUGGGGCCCACUGGACCAUCACCUGACAUUUCACAUAUUAAGCAGGGCAGAAGGGGCCCUAUGGGUCCACCAGGAGCCGCAGGACAAGAUGGAGCAAAGGGUGAGAGGGGACCACCAGGACCAAGAGGACCACCGGUAAGUGCAGUUCAUGUAGGCUCCUCCAAUAUAUGGUCCAAAAUCUAUGUGUCUGCUAAUUAG